GAGUUUAAAUCUGUUUACAGGAGGGACGUGAUAGCCUAGUACAGCCUUCCUUAUUCUUUAUCGUGGUUUUUAACCUUUUUACUCUCGUUUUAAGACCAUGAAGUCAGAGAAUUAUACUCAUGAAGACCUUCGGGACAAGAAAUAUGGCGAAUUACUUAAAAUAGGGAAGGUAUUGGGGUUAAAAACUUCCAAAAGGUUGAAGACAGAGAAACUCAUUGAAGCCCUACUUAAAUAUCAGAAAGACAAUGUCAAAACUGAAGAUAUUGAAGAUACUAUAAGUGAGGAUGCAGAGGCUGUAAUUGCUGCUCUGGAAGACGCUGCAUCGAGUGACGUCCUGGAAAACACUGACAGUACAAAUCCACAAGAAGUAGAAUCAACGCUGGAGUUUCUGUCAGAUAUUCAGUUCCCUGAUUCAUUUUUUGCAGAGGAAGAUGAUCCACCGCAGGUUGAAGCAGCUCCAGCAGAGAGAGGUCAUUACAGGAAGAGUAAUGAGAAUGCUGUUAGGAAUGCCCAACAUGUCACAAAGCGACGUCGCACAGCAACUUUUGAUAUUGGAAAGAAAACUGAGAACUCAACAGAGGAGGAAGUUGUUAGUGCACCAAAACGACGCAGAACUUCUACAUUUAAGGUUUUAACUGAAACAGAUAAAAACAGUCCAGCCACUGAUGUGUCACCAGCUGUCAGUAAUCAGCAGACUGAGGAAAACAAUGAGCAACUAAACCAGCUGGUACAUAAAAUCUCCAACAAGAGACAAACAAGAAAGUCUGUGGUUGCAGCUGUAGCCACACCAGCUGUUUUGAGUGAAGAUCAUCACCGCCCUACUACUAGGAAACGAACAGUUAGUGCCACAUCUAAGCCAGAGGCAAAGUCACCCUUGGAGACAGCUACAGAAGAAAAACACCAAACCUCAAAUGUACAAAGCAUGUCUCGGCAAAAAAGUCUGGUAAAGACAGCUACUCCAUCAUCAACACGGAGAUCUCAGAUUGGAAUGAAAUGCCCUGUAACUACUCAUAGCAACACUAAGGCCAAACAAGGUGCAAAAAUUGUCAAACCAAUAUUUACUGUUGGGAGAGCUGAUCCUCCAAAUGCCAAAAAAGAGGGAUCUAAACAUGAUGGCUCCAACAUUCCUCGAUUCCUGUCCUACGCACGUAAGUUAAAAGUGCCAAACUUUGCCAAAAUCCACGAACGAGCAUUCAGCCGAAUGGAAGCUCUUGAUGAUUAUAUUGAUAAGAAGCGGAAGCGAACUGAUACCACUGGGAGUUCAACCAAGAAACCUCCGGUUGCACAGGAAAAAGUGUUCCAGCCAACUGUUACAAGUGUCAAGAAUUUAAAUUUCAACUUUGUAUCCACAAGGUCUCCAGCUUUCUCCAAGCUAAAAAGUAUUCAAAAACCUGAGAUGCCAACACAUAAGUCUCUAGCAAGUCCUCCAAAAUCUUCAAAAGGGUCUCCAAAAGGAGUGCAAGUAUUUGGGAAAACUAUAAAGGAAGCUCCCAAAUCAAUCAAUAAACCAUCUAAAUCUUCAAGAACUGCGAAGAAAUCUGUAACCCUAAGAUCCACCAAAACUGAAAAUGAAUCCAAUACUCAACAAACACCCAGAGUAUCUCUUAGAAACACUGCAGGAGAGAGGAAAAGUUCCACAAAGCUUGGUUCUGAAACAGCUUCAAAGGUCACAUCAGUAAGGCGUUUUACUUCUUCAGUUCAUUGUGGUGCCUUACCACAACUUAAAGAAAAUGUUAAGCCUGCAAACCAGUCUCUGAUCACUCCUGCUCCUGUGAAGCUGCUUGCUUCUCAGAAAUCAAGUCCAGGGGCUGCACAAAAAAGGACUGACUAUGACCCAAAGGCCACUAUAAACAAGCCCCUAGGUUAUGUUCCUUAUAAAGGGGCUAUGAAACCACUUCCUGAUCGAGCUACAUUGAAGAAUAUGGCACUAAGGAAUCCCAAUAUUAAAUCCAGCCAACAAAUACGUGAGGGCCAGAAGAAGAUCCUUAAGGGUGUCAGAUUCAACAAACGAUUUGAACUCCAGAUGGCCAACAGAGGCAUCAAUCUAUAGGACCAAGUGGAUUCUUGUUAAUGGAGCUUUAAAUGACGAUCAUAUUGUACAACAUUUCGUUAUUCUUGGACACAGAUUAGCAGUGACUAGCUUGUGAUACAAUGAACCAGAGGUCGUGUUUAAUUCAACCUAGGAUUUUGUAUUGAAUUUAGACACCCGCUCUAUAAAUAGUGAGAAAAUGACCAAGGUAACUACUAUUGUCAGUUAAUAUGAUUCUGACCUGUAAACUUAGUUUGCUAAAUAACAAUAGCAGCUGCCUUUACAAUGUACCCUUACUCCAAAAAGCAUCUUUGCAGAGGGGUUUGAUGAAUUUCAAAAUGCAUACUGCAACUCCUAUUGUCUCAGUAGGUUUGUCAAAAUCCUUCGUUUGUUGUGCCAUAUUGUCUCACACAAAAUCAUAAAAAAACAUUUGGAGCAAGUGUACAAAAGGUGAAUUCUUGCAUUGUGACUUUAUUAAUUAUUAUGCCUGGAGGUAGAGGACUCUUUUCAGAGAUAUGCGGCUGAUUUUCUGUAAUGCUUGUCUCAAGAUCUUUACAGAGACUUUAGUCAAGAUUUAUAUGAAUACUUAUAGGGUGUGGAGGAUGUACUGUACAUUGUUUAUCUUAUGGGUGGAAGAGUUGAAUAUCAUUCUUGUGCACCCUAAAAAAUUUAUUUGAUUUACAUCUUACUUUUCAAAAUGCUGCUGUGGAAAUUCAUAAAAUAGUGCAACUUUGCUAACAUAAGUGAUUUUUUUUCUCUCUCAAAAGAAGUCUAUUCCUGUUUAAUUCAUUAUGGCUGGAAAAUAGUAAAUACACACACAGACACAUUUUUGAGGAGCUCCAGACCAUAACCUGCUAAGAGCCAUAUGUCACUGAAACAUGUUAUGUAUUGCAUUGCAUUCCCCAACCUCUCCUCUGUUCACUGGUUAAGUCAGAGAGGCAAUUGGGAAGCUAAACAUGUGGGUGAGUCCUCUUAAAAGACUAUUGUAUGUAACACAUUCCUACAUGAGCAUUUUCUUCCAUUUUCUAUUUUGGCACUUAGCAGAUUAUGGUCUGGAGCUCCUCAUUUGAAAUGGUAAUAUUUUUGUAAGCUUUGCUAUUAUUUUUAUGUAACAAACCUUUGUGCAGUAGCAAUAUAGUCAUAGCCCAAGCUGGGGUAUUUCUCAUUAUGAUAGACUACAAUGCACACUUCUUCAUUUUUUUAAAAUUUGGUCAUCCUCUUAGUUUACUCUUAAGGAUUCUCCAUUCAUUUCUGAUAGUGUAUGAGGAAUUUUUCUGAGGUUCAUGAGAUCUUCAGUUGGAUACAUAAACUAGAGUGAGCUUAGCCCCUUCUUCGGAAACUCAUUCCUGUCCAUAUACAAUAAUAAUCCUGUAGCUUGCAAGAGAGAUUUCUUAACAAAUCAUUAUGAAACUUAACAGAUUUUGCUAUAGUAUUUAUAAUAUGUACAUAGAAUAUUUUAAUAUAAAACCUUUUUCUAAACUUGAAUUAGAAAAGGAUUUCCUUAAUAUACAGUACAGUAACCACUCUUUAACUAAUGGGUUUUCUAGUUAAUGGGAUAACACCAUCAAGGAAUCAGACCAUAUUUCUCAAUAAUUAUAUAUAUAUAUAUAUUUUUUUUUUUUUUAUGUGGUACUUAACCUUUGGGACAUUGUUCCAAUCAGCACAUCAAAUGGUAAUGAUAAUGAUUACUGUAUGCCAGCAUUAAUGGCUUAUUGAUGUUAAAGGUAAAAUUAUGAUUAAUAAGGGUGUAAUUUAAUGGGCAAAGAAAGCUUUCUAUAUAAAAGAAAGUUUCAUGUAACUGCCCCUACACCAAUUUUCCCAUUAGUUAAAGGGUUUACUGUACUUUUAGAUGUUAUAAGUUAGCCGAGUGUGAGUUUUUUGUGAUAUGGGAAAUCAGGCUGAUUCAUAACAAAUAUAAAUAUGCUGUAUUGUCACCUUAAAGGUGUGCCUCUUCUCGUUGAUUAUGUCAACAUUGUAUUUUUUGCAAGCUCAUUUUAAUCUGUUGUAUACAGUAAUUUCUGUUUCCGAAACAUCUUCAAUAUAAUAAGUAAAUACUAUACUUUACCUACAUUUCCCUAAAGAUAAUUAAUUUUUUGUAAGUAUUGAACUUGAUUUCCUUUAAAAGUUUUUUGUGAAAAUGUAAAUUCUUAAGAGUCAUGGCUGACUUUAGGACACCAUAGUAUGAAUAGAAAUAUUUUCAUAAGCUUUAGGUCUUUUUUAUACUUAUAUUAAUAUAACAUUGUUACCAAAAAAUUUAAGUUCUAUAUAAUGGAUAUCAGUUUAUGUCCAUUGUACUUCAGUAUGUUCUCUAAAAUUUACAUAGAGUGAAUGGCUACUGUAUAUUAAUAUUAAUCCCUUUUUUAUAUACUCUGGAUAUUAAUACAGGUAUCACUCGCUAUACAAAUAGGUUAGGUUCUUAAAAAACAUUUGUCAAGUGAAUUUUCGAAUAGCAACUAAACGAACAUUUGGGAAAAAUAAGGUUCUGUUCCCCAAUGACAAGAAAACCCCCAAUAUCCAAAAAACAUGAAAUCAGUUCACGAACAACAAAAAACCUACCUAGCUAAUGGUAAGUAGUACACAACUACCGUAAUUUACUACCUAACACAUUAAAACAUUACUAAAAUACUACUGUAUCUAGAUGAAAAUAUGCAGCUAAAACCAUUAAGGAAAAGCUAAAUGAAAGUAUCAUACGCUGCCAUUUGCAUUGACUCUGGCUGUGUCACACGUAACCUCCCUCAAGCCCAGCCAUAGCAACCCAGCCCUGCUGGAGACGUAAAGAAUUGUUUUUUGAUCUAAUAAUACUGUAAUUAUUUAUUUUACUUUAUUUGCACAUUAUUUAAUAAUGUAGGAUUGUGUGUGGGCAUGUAACCGAAUAAAAAAAUAUGAAGAAA